UGUGACACUGGGGGGAAAAAAGGUAACGCUACAGUUUAAAUUAUGAGCACAUUAAAGUGUUUUGGAUGCAUGUACAUCUAUUGUAUGAGACCUUUAAAACAAAAUUUAGCACGUUUCAAAACCAUAAUAGGUGCACUUUAAAUAUUUACUGGACCCAAGUAAACCAUGACGAGGAAUUGUCGCGUCACUGUAUGUGGGCGUGUCCGACCCCGGUAGCCCCGCCCCUCCGGCGCUAUUUCAGCAGCGUAACGCGGCUGAGUCAGCUACAGAUUGCGCGAGACCGCUGUAGUGUCGUGAAGAGCACAGAACCGCACCGCACGCGCUUCUGACAUGGACACAUAGCUGUUCCCAGAGUGUCAUAGUUAUAACAGAGUGUGUUCCUCACUGUUUUCCACUUCAAGUAGGAUCUGAGUUCAUUGAACGCAAGUAAAGCGCUCACGAAGGAGCUGCAUGAAGUUCACUGAAUUAACAGGAGCACAGAAUUGAUCAUCUUCAUCAUCAUCAUCUUCUUCUUCUUCUUCUUCUUCUUCUUCUUCUCAUACUACUGCUCAGUUUACUUUUUCAUCGAUUACUAGACAGACAUGAGGGAAACGGAAACUAUUGCUCUUUGUGUGCUGUUCCUCUUCUGCUCCUCUUUCACACAAGGUGAAGAUGAUUCCAGCUCACCCGCACAUCUUCCAAACUUCACCAUGCCAUCCACCUCCUCACCUCCCCAGAGGUCCUCCACUGCAAAACCAGAAUCCUUUUCAAGACCUACACUUCUCAGCGCUUCCUCCGAGGAAGAUAGCAGAGCUACAGCAGAUCUCUCUGCUAACGACACGCUCAGCCAGAGCUAUAACGAUACAGUAAACAGUACAGUCGCUCCAGGUUUUCCUACAGGAGCUGCUGGACCUACAGUGAAUACUCUUGCACCUACAAACAGUACAAGUGUUCCAGGAAACCUAACAGAAAGUCAAGAUGGGGCUAAUCUUUCAGUCGGAGAUAACCAGACCUCAAGAGCAUCCAGUACAACACUAUCUGAUACCGUCACCACAUCUCUGCCCAAAGGCGUGACUAAACCGAGCACAUCGGCUCCCUCUACACGCUCCCAGACUCUUUCUGCCUCCACUAGGCCUCAGAUUACCACCAGCCUAUUGGCAACAACCACUCGAAGCAGGAGCAAGUCCUCAACUGUUACCACCAAAGACAUAUCUGCUCCAACCACCACCACCACUACAACUACCUCAUCCACCACCACUACCACUAUCCAGACCACAGAGCAUAGCAGCACUCCUGUCCAGGCUAAAGCUCUUGCAGGCACCCCUUCUGAGCUGAACGUUGGAGACAACACUGAAUACUCUAAUACAUCAAUGGAUCCUCUCUUGGCCGGCCUGGUGUCCGUGUUUGUCGUGACCGCUGCCAUUGUCUCUCUUCUGAUUUUCCUGAAAUUCCGACACAGGAACGAGCGUCCGGAAUUCCGUCGACUCCAGGAUCUCCCCAUGGAUGAUAUGAUGGAGGACACGCCUCUCUCCAUGUACAGCUACUGAGUGGUGAUGAGAAACCGUUAACAUGACAGCCUUGAAUGACACCCAGGCCUCCUCUGAGCUCGAUCAUCACAAACACCUAUCUGUUCAAAAAAUUUUUCAAUUACUUGUCCAAACUGAAACGUGAGCUUAAUUAUCCAGUCGUGAAUUUGCAGUCGGAACUGAACGAGGCCCGGAUCUAUACGCAGCUCUGAUUUAGGAGGCUUUUAAACUGUCACUUUUUUUUAUUUGGAGGCAGAAUGUCUCUCAGUCCUGCGCUAUAAAGGAACAAGUCUUCUGCUUCUUAAAACAUGCAAACAAGGUCAGAGAUGUUAGACCUGCUGAGCCUCUUGGGGGCCUAAUUCCGUUUUAAAUAGGCAGAGGGACGUGUAAUAAUAAUAUUUGAUAUUUCUUUUAAAUAAGAAACUAAGGCUUGUUGACUAAAUGAGAGGAUUAGCUUUGUUUGUGUCGUUUUAAUCCCUCACAGUGAGGGUGCAGGAUGAUAUGAUAUUUAAAUACACCCCAGCCCAAAUCCAUCUCCAUGCAAACCCCAUUACAUAAAAGUACACAAAUUCUCAGAUAAAAUCUUAGACCUUGCUUAUUUCGUCAAAUGUAUUAGGGAUAACCAAAAAUGAAGACCAAAGGAGUGAUGUGCCUUUAACGCAAAAAAUUUUAAUACUCCUGGUCAGCUAUAGGUGUGUGUGUGUACGGCUGGUGUUUUGUGUUUUUAUUGUAGUUUGAUCACGUUUAAUGCCACAGACCGAACUAAAUGAUACAGAAUAGCAAUUGUGGUAUUUUGUUUAGAUAACUGCUUGCUCUAACAUGCUAACGGGACACUAAACGAGUGCUCUAUUAAAGACAAGGUCACUUGGCAGGUAAAAUUUGUUAAGCCUGUAAAUAAGACACAGACAGUGCUAACUGUAAAAUAUAAAUAUCUAGUGUGCUAAUUUAAGUGCCUAAUUUAGAGUGUUAAAAUUGGUCAGUCUAGAGAUAAUCUGAAGUCGUUUCUCAGUAAACAUUUAAUAAUAAACAUUUCCCCCAUUCACACACGCAUAAUCACUGAUUAGUUUUUUUUCUUCAAAUUUUAAAUACCAUGUAAAUGAUAUCAUUUAAACAAAAUGUAUAUACACACACACACACUCACACAUAUAUGUAUGUGUGUGUGUUUGUUAUGGUUGUUGCUGAUGUGGCUCUAUACAUGACUUAUCUAUUAGGAGACACAAUACAGCCUUUGGCCUGCUCUGAAGAAAUUAAGAGCAGCGAUAGAUCAAACACAGUAGCAUGCUAGGACCAUAUGAUUAAUUUAAUCCAAUUCAAAGAACAUGCUGUGAUUGUAUAACAACAAACUGACCCUGAUGCUUUAUUUGUUGUGCUGGCAUUUAGGGUUUACGGUUUAAUUGAACUUCAGAUUUAUUCUUUACAGCUCCUCUAUAAACAAAACCCACAAUGAGCCUAAACGUUUAGCUCCGAGCUCUGAAAGGCAUCGCUGUGGAAUUGCGUACGUUCUCGUGAAGCUGCUAUAAGAAUCCAGUAUGGCGUUUUAAGUGGGAUGUUGGUUUUCAAGCCGCAGGAAUCACUGACCAGAGAGGAGCUUUGAUGUGAGGAUGAUUAUUACUAUGUUGCCUGGAUAACAGUGUAGUCAUUUGCUCUUGAGUCUGUCAUCAGUGUUGACUGAGAUUGAUUCAAGCAAAACCACAAAUACUGGUGUCUGUUAUUAAAAAAAGAAAAUAAUCAUAAGAAUGUUGUAUCUACCCUGGUGCUGGUCACAAUUCUUUGUGCACAUUUUAGCAACUGUGUGCAAGGAGGCAGAGUGAGUACACGGCGAGAGAAAUGUGUCAUUGUUGAGCAAGAUCCUUAAGGUAGAGUUCACACAUACAGCGACUCGCAGUGACAAAGUGACUACAGACCGUUUUCAAUAAGAGCUGCGACUUCUGGCGACAGCGAUGGUUGGCGACUGGACGUCGGCGUGUCCAGCGACGUGACAAAGUUCAGAAAAGUUGAACUUUAUGGAUUUGGAGCGACUUGGUGCAGCGAGAACCAAUGGGAGUGAAGACAGUAGAGCGCACGUAAUGCGUGAUCCGCCAUGCUGCCUGCGAGUCCGAAAUGUUUCCUGGACCCAGACUGUCCACAGAUAGAUGACCACAAUGUCAAAGAGCACACGCUGCUUCUCCUUCAUCUCAUAGGAUAUAAUGCAUAUUUACACACUGGUGAAUUUUAAAUAUGAACGUUCUCCCUCCAGCAUGUUUCAUUUUAGCAGCAAGAAAACUGAUUUGUUGUCAAAAGUCGAAUGCUAAUUGUGCCACCCACUAUGGCAACCAUUAGUAUAAACGCCUACUUGCGACUUCAUAUUACAGUGACUGGAAACUUGCAGUGAUAAAAAAAAAAAAAUCUCUGUGUGUGUGAACGUAGCGAAGUUUACUGUAACCCACAAAUUUACACCGCCCCCCCAACAAAAAAUCAUCCCAUUUGCCCAACAUGGCUAAACAACUGCAUGUUCAACAACUGAUAUAACAUGUGUGGAGUUGUAAUCAGCUAUGCAUGUAGUUACAGCAGAUGUACACAUGAUUAACAUAACUAAGUUUUUAAUUUUGCAGGAAAUCAUGGGAUUUAACUAUUGUGCUGUCGUCCUUAAGCAGUAAAAGUAUGAACUAGGACAUUUAAAAAAACAACAACCAUCUAUUGUUGGACAAAUCGCUUGUAUUAAUUAAAUGCCAACACGCUUGUGUGUGAAUGUGAUUAUAAAUGUGCUCACAGCUCAACUAUGUAAAUUUAGUGUUGAUUUCCACUUGUACACUUGGUCACACAGUAUAAAAAUGGCUUUUUUGUGUGUCUUGCUGUUUAGUAGGUUGUUUGUUUGCACUUUAUUGUUGGAUGUGCUGGAGGUGGGGAGUGGUGUGUUAUUCUGGGAAGGUUUUUAAAGUUAUCAAAAUAAUGUGUGCAGCUUUUUUUUAUUUUGUGAAAGUGAACCUCUCUCUUCAUGUUUGUAAUAUCAUGCUUGUAUUAGAUUGGUGUUCUGUAAACACGCACUCUUGGAAGGUGCUCAUUACGUGGCUCGCUUAGAGGGUUUCUUACGUCAUAAAGUUUGGAUCAAGCACAUGCCUCCUACGCUGCCAGCCGUAAUUCAAAGUGUCUAUCAUUUCAUAUUCAGUUACAGUUUAUCACAGCGUGCAAAACGUUUGAGCAGCUAUCUCUGGGAUGAGUCUGUGCUUGUCUGAGAGUGGUAACUAACUAAGACCGCUCCUGUCACUCAAGAGCAGGGGAGGAGCGGCAUCGAUGAGACGACUAACCUUUACAUGCUGCACCAAACCCUUCCGAGUUUACGUGACUCUUCAUGCCUUUCUCUCUGUUUCAUCAUCGGUCUCGUCAUUGUGGUCUCAUCACUUGUGGUUGCGGUCUGAUUGAAAGAGGCUGAAAUGGAAACUCUAACACAUCAUCAGGCAGAGCUUGCUCAGGCAUUUGGAAUUUUUAAACAUUUAAUAUUUAGUGACACUCACAAUAACUUACAGGUUUUAAAAAAAGCCAUAUACUAUAUUUCAAUUCACUGUAUGUUUUUGCUCUGAUCCAGAAUCAAAUGCUUAUGCUGUUGUUUUUCAUGAUAUAUAUA